UAUCAACAAACAGCUGUGAAAAAUUAAACUGACAAAUUAAAAUAACAAAAAUAAAGCAAAAUAUAUAAAAAUACAAAAAAAAAAAAUUGUGUGUUACAGAGUGAUGUGAAGAGAAUUAUUAAAGAUGUCUCGACGUUCGAGUCGUGUCACUGUCGGCAGCGCAGAGGUUCUUGAAGUCAUUCGAGAGGAGACCUCAGCCCCGUCCUCGAUAAACAUAGAUGAUAAAAAGGAAAGUGACAGAAGUGAACCAAAGUAUUGUCCUUGUGAAGGAGUUCAACUCGAGGAAAUAGAAAAGAGACACGCGGAAGAAAUCGAAAGAUUACUGUCUGCGAAGGAACUGGAAUUAGAAGAAAAGUUCAAACAGAAACUACAUAAUGAAGUACAAUAUUUGAAAGACAGAUUUGGAUUCGUAUUGCAAAACGAGCAAGUCCGUGCGUCAUACAUGUUGCGUGAGGCGCACAGAGAAAGGCAGGAGAAAAUAUCAGCGUUACAAACACAGCUCGAGUGUAAAAAUCUGGCUGGUUUAAUGUAUGUCAUGUGCUCUGAGAGGAGGAAGAGUAAGAUGGAGAUUUUGAGAAUUACUGAAGAAUACGUAACCUACAUUCAAAGCCUCCAGAACAUUCUAGAAGAAAGCCAGGCUCUCAUUCUGAACCUCUCCCGUGGUUACAAGACAGCAGCGAGGGUCGAUGAUGAAUGGAGAAAAAAAAUGAAGAAGAUUCUUAAACAUUUUCAAUCAUUCGUAUUUGAAUUUGUGGGUGGCAGCCCUGAGAACAACCAAUACUUCUUCAAUAUACCGGAGCUAUUAAAAACAAAAACGUCCAUCAAGGACAACCCUGAAGAAGACCCUUGUGAGAAUGAAGAGGAAGAAUCUGAACCGAAAAUCGAACGUGAAAAAGAAUGGUGGGAGACUCUCGACUGCCAAGAACAUCCGUUUGUCAUGUUCGGUGACAUGGCUGACUUCAACCCACCACAACGAAGAGAAGUACUUAGGAAUGUGAAAGCUGCUAAAACAGCUCCCAAGAAGUGGAAGGAAUACGUUUUUAACGAAAUGUUCGUCAAACGUGAAUGUACGAACGCGGAUAUCAUCAAGGACAUGUGGUGUGCCCCGGCGUCCUGGGAAUGUGCUGUAGCUGCUAGACAAACACCAUCCAGAUGUUCAGAAUCCCAGAGCAGACGAAUCACAACAACGUCUGUUGACAUCAAGGGAAACAUGGGGUCAAUAUUGAAGAUUAUGACUUCGUCGACUCCGAAAACUACUGCAAAAGCCACGUUACUUGGGGCGAGGGAUUCAAUGGAAAUAGCCUCAACCACGCGAUUACGUGAUAAACACAGAUCAACAGUGGACCACGGCAAGGUCGUGUUGAACAUUGGCAACAAAAUCGAUUCAUUCUUUAAUAAAAUAGAAGAUGAUCAUGAAGAUGAGGAUGUGGAACGUGAACAACCAGAAAAUGUGCCCCAUGCACCAGGACCACAGACGCCUACGGCAGGUGAUACUGAUGAUGUUGAAAGUGAUGAAGAGUCCACGUCAAAUCUCGGGAGUGUCCACCACGACAGCCUACAAAUAAUACAAUCCCACGUACCAGAUCACGAUUCCAAAAUUAAUUAUGAAAAAACAUGCCCGAUGGAGAAAUGCCAGAGGACGCAGGUUGAUUCGUUCAUCCGGAGCCUCCCGAAGUACAUGCAAGCGAAUCCAUUCACUCACUUCGAACAGACGUACGAUGACUAUGAAGCUUGUUCACCCGAACAACUGGAGAUUCUAAAGAAGAGGAUAGAAGAAAAGAAAAGGAGAGAAAAGAUGGACUUCCAGCCGGAAAGGGAUCCUCUCCUGUCGUGGACGCCGAGCGUCGAUGGUGUUGAAGUACAGACAUCGGAUAUAUCCCUGAUGCCGCCGUGCACGUGUCUCGUGCCCAGUCCGUCUCUCGCAUCCAGUACUACCAAGGUGUACAACGUUGCUGAUUUGAUUCCGAUAAAACAAACCCUCGAUAAAAUCAAGGCCGAGUGUUUCUUCCACGACGACAUAGAGUUUAAUCGAUUCAAAGUGCUCGGACAAACCGAGAGUGAAGAUUUGAAUUACGAAAGGGAAAUAGAUUCCAGCAAGAACAGAUUAACCGAAAUUAAAGCAAUACUGAAAAAACAUCCCAGCCUUUGCGAAAUAUUCCAAGCUAACACAAGAUGUUAAUGUCGUUUAAUAUGGGAUAUAAAGACUUAAUUUUCCUUUAAAAACAUAUUUUUUACUUUUAUUAAAAUAAUCUUAUUAAAAUC